AGCGCCUGAAGAAAGCCCAGCAGGAGAAACGGUGCACCGGCAAAACACAUCUCACAGCAGACGGAUCACUGACGUCUCUGAGUUACAGUAAAGCUCGUCACCUGCAGAACCAAUGAGAAUCAACGCUCACAGGAGGAGGAACCAGAGGAGGGCUUCGCUAUAAGCUUGCUAAGCAGGAAGAAAAACCAUUCAAACACAUGCUGUUGUUGAGAGUAGAAAAUGGCAAAGAGAAGAGCUCAGCUGGAUUCAGAAAAGUUAUCUUGUUCCAUCUGUCUGGAACUCCUGAAGGAUCCGGUGGCGGUUCCCUGUGGACACAGCUACUGCAGCAGCUGUAUUAAAGGACACUGGGAUCAACAGGACAACAGGGGAUUCUACAGCUGUCCUCAGUGCAGGAAGAAGUUCAGACAGAGACCUGACCUUGAGAAGAACUUCCUGUUAGCAGAGCUAGCGGAGGAUCUGAAGAAGCCUGAACUCCAAGCUGCUGCAGCUGAUCUCUGCUCUGCUGGACCUCAAGAUGUGUCCUGUGAUGUUUGCUCUGGGAGGAAGCUGAAAGCCGUCAAGUCCUGUCUGGUCUGUUUGGUCUCUUACUGUGAGGAACACCUCCAACCUCACUAUCAGUCUGCUGCUUUUAAGAAACACCAGCUGGUGGAGCCCUCCAAGAAGCUCCAGGAGAAGAUCUGCUCUCUUCACGAUGAGGUGAUGAAGAUUUUCUGUUGCACUGAUCAGCAGAGUAUCUGUUACCUCUGCACCAUGGACCAACACAGAGGACAUGAAACAGUUCCAGCUGCAGCAGAGAGGAGGCAGAAGCAGAAGGAGCUGGAGGAGAGUCGACUAAACAUCGAGCGGAGAAUCCAGGAGAGAGAGAAAAACAUGGAGCUGCUUCGGCAGCAAGUGGAGGCUAUCAAUGUCUCUGCUGAUGAAGCAGUGAAGAACAGCGAGGAGAGCUUCACCCAGAUGAUCAGUCUCAUCCAGAAGAGGAGUGAUGAGGUGACGCAGCAGCUCAGAUCCCAGCAGCAAACUGCAGUGAGUAGACUCAAGGAGCUUCAGAAGAAGCUGAAGCAGGAGAUCAGUGAGCUGAAGAGGAAAGACGUCCAGCUGGAGCAGCUGGCUCACACAGAGGACCACACCCAGUUUCUGAUCAGCUACCCCUCAGUGUCAGCACUCAGUGAGCUCACACACUCCUACAGCAUCCUGACUGCUCCUGUCAGAUACUUUGAGGAUGUGGCAGCAGCUGUGUCAGAGAGCAGACAGAAAGUACAGGACAUCCUGAGAGAGACAAGGACAAACAUCUCACUGAGAGCUGCUGAAGAACUUGCAGCCAGAGACCAGAGCAGACUUCUUCCAAUAUUCAAAAGAGAUCACACUGGAUCCAUCGUCUGCAUACAGAUAUUUACUAUUAUCUAACAGAAACAGAAAAGUAUCUUUAACAUGGUGUUAUGGCAAUUUUAUUUAAUAAAGGGCAUCCGCCGGUGA